AUGACCAACUCUGUUCAUUCUUUUAAAUUUAAUGUUGAUACAAAUCAUAUUGAUGAUUCUUCAAUUGAAUCUUUGCGAGAUCAAGUGAAUGGAAAUGCCGAUGAAAAUGUAACUUACAGUAUUUUUUUAAAUGAAUCAGAUCUUGCCCUAAAAACAAGAAACGGAGGUAUUUCAAAUAUUAAUGAUCAAAGUCAAAAAAAAUUAAAAAGUUCAAGAUUAUAUAAAUUUAUUCUUUCUACUGAUGAGGUUAAUUCAAAUGAAAAAAAGGUAGCCAAGAACGAUUCUAAAAACUAUUCAAGUUUAAUCACUUUAUCUACAGGAGUAUUGAAUUCUGUUGAGAAUAGUGGAAGUGAUAUUAAUAUCCCUUCAAAUAGUCAAAUUAAAGAAAAGGUAAAUACUUACGUCAGUAAAUCUAUAAAUAGUCUCCCACUAGUUGAUGUUUAUUCCUCACCCUUAGAUAAUCUGAUUCAGACAUCAGAUGAAUAUUUCACUGCUAUCUCUUCAUCAUCACCGCUAUCCAAGCUUCAAGGCUCAGAUGAUAUGGAUUUCCCACUUAUGUCUUCAACACCAAGACAUAAUAGAUUUAUUAAUAAGGAUUCACCUAGUAGCAGAACUUCAAAAAAUAAAUCACUUUUCAAUAAAAACAAUCAAAUGAAUACAAAGAUUGAUGAAGCUGUAAAAUUAUUGAAGAAUGAUUAUAUAGCAAAACCACAAACAAUUAAGAUUAGAUCAGAACCUAGUUUAUCAAGCAUCGAUUUUGAACCACAUGAUUUUCGAAUAACUAAAAGAUUUCGUGAGAAAAAUAAAGAAGAUACUAGAGUAUCUGUAGAUGAUCAAUUAAUAUCGAAUAGGUUAACAGAAUAUAAUAGCAAAAUGGAUAAGAUAGGAAAGCCUUUAAAAACUUCUUUGUUUAAUAAUAUUAUCGUGCCAAGUAAUAAAGAUGAUUCAUCCGUGUGGAAUCUAUAUACACAAAAUAUAGGAAAUAAAGUUAAGAUAUUGGAUAAUGUUGGUGAUUCACUGGAUAAUGUAAUUAGUCCAAUAGAUAGUUCUUCAGAAGUUAUUAAAGCACAUUUUACAUCAUCUUUACAGAACGACCAUAUAUUAUCAGUAGAUAUUCCAAGUGUAAUUAAUAGUGAUUUUAAGCCACAAAAUACAUUAUCUUCAUCAAUUGUUACAUCAGUAGCCCCACAAACACAACUAUCUUCUGUGGUUGAUUUACCACCUUCACCAACAUAUGAAUCUGCUAAUGAAAAUAUCAGUGGAGAAGAGGAUAAUUAUGUAACAUGGAAUGAAUACAAUUCUUUUCCAAUACAACAUAUUGAUUCAUCGUCAAUUAAAUCUUUUGAUUUAGUUAGAGGGAAGGAAUACGAUGAAGAUAUUGAUACUAAUUUAUUUAGUCUUAUGAGAAUUCUGAUGUUAAUAUUCAUAGGCAUUAUGAUACCACCGAUAUUCUUUCUUGUAGCAUUUGGGGAGAAUAGCAAUUUGUUAUCUGAUUAUGUUCUUUUAAAAUUGAUAAUAAAACGAUCUAAGAAAGUAUUUUUAUUACAAGGAUUCAUUUGGGAUAUCGACCUACAAUGGCUUCGAAGAUUGUGUUUCUGGUUAGGGAUUAUGGAACUAUUUUUUUUAUUAGCUUGUGUAGCUAUUGGAUUUAGUGUUGGAUUGACUCGAUGA